AUGCCCCGCUCGGCGCGCCCCUCGCUCGUGGACGAGCUCAUCCCCAUCCCGCAGCCAUCAGCGCACGGCGACAUCGACUCGCUCGCUGUCGCCGUCCGCCGCUUCGGCUCGGUAGCCAUCAUCACCUUCUUCCUCGUCGCGACGGCCUACUGGGUCUGCGAGGGCUCGGCGCCGCCCCACCGGCACAGGUUUCGCGACCUCCAGCGCAUGUUUGUCGCGCGGUUGGAGAGCCGGUACGACCUCAACAUUGCAGAGUAG